UCGGCACGUGGCUUAGCUUUCAUCCACGGUUCGUGUAAAAACAUGAAGCUUACACACGGUGAUAUCAAAUCCACCAAUGUCCUACUCGACAGAUCAGGCAAUGCUCGUGUUUCUGAUUUCGGGCUAUCUAUGUUCGCCCCAUCGCAAACCAUUGCUAAAUCCAACGGCUACCGUGCACCGGAGCUGAUGGAUGGCCGAAAACACACUCAGAAGUCCGAUGUUUACUCAUUUGGAGUGCUUCUUUUGGAGAUUCUCACCGGAAAAUGUCCUAAUAUGGUUGAAACUUGUCACUCUGGCGGUGCGGGUGGGGCGGUGGAUUUACCGAGAUGGGUCCAAUCGGUUGUGAGAGAGGAGUGGACGGCUGAAGUGUUUGAUUUGGAGCUGAUGAGGUAUAAGGAUAUAGAGGAAGAGAUGGUGGGGUUGUUGCAGAUUGCUAUGGCAUGCACCGCGGUUGCGGCUGAUCACCGUCCAAAGAUGAGUCAUGUUGUGAAGUUGAUAGAGGAUAUACGUGGUGGUGGCUCUGAGGCCUCGCCGGGAAACGAUGGGAUCAAUUCUGCGGUGGACUCGCCAUGCUUGUCCGAGGACACGUGCGGUGGGACUACUAGUCAGUAGUAAGAUUUGUUUACUACAAAAAAUGUAAAUCACGUGCCUAGAAUCUCAACUUUUGUCAUUCUUCUAGAGUCGUAGGCUUUGGUUUUUGUUUGUUUCGUUUUUGUUUGUAAUGAGAUAAUUAUGUGAGUCUCUCUAGUGUUUUUGAAUUAGGGGUAAAUUAAAUUUCAAUGCUAUUCUGAUA